AGCCAAGAAGCUUGUUUUAAUGAUUAAGAAUUUUAAAAUGUUUUUUCUCAGAUGGGAAUCAGUUGUUAAAACUGAGACAGAUUCAAAAUAUAUAGGUGUUCCCUAUCAGAUUUAAACCUCUAUAGAAUUAUAGAUUAGCCUUUUAUUUUUGUGUCAUUUUAAAGUUCCCAACAUACUAAUGUCUGAUUAAUUUGUUACUACUUGCUGUUUCUUAAACUUCUUAUUUUCAGAACUACAAAUGUUUGUACUCUUUGUGGUGUUUUCUCCUUCACUGCUCAGCUGCUUUGCUUUCCUUGCACUUUUUUCCACUGAGAAACUAUUUGUGACCUCUCUUACCCAUGAACUUCUACAAGUUGAAGCAGCACUGUCAAAAGUGUCCAAGGCCAAAUAUACUUCAAAUCCUUCCUCUUUCCCAAUUUCUCUUACAAAACCUUUCUCUUUUUGCUUCCUUCUCUAGGACUAAAAGAAAGCCUUUUUUACUGUUAUUUUGUUAGCCUUUUAAUGUCCCCUUUCCGUAACCUGAAGUAUUUGAGAAUGUUUGUAUCACAUGUAUGGAUCAAGCUGAAAGCCACUCUUUAGGAGCCAGACUGUGUAGUAAAAAUCAAUAUAUAAUACCUUUUGGUGUGAAUGAUUUAUCUAGCUCAGAUUUCAAGUUACACAUAACAGUAUUCCUUCUAAGAAGAUAGUACUCAUAUACAAAUGUGUCUGGUAAUUUGAUAAGAAAGUACUAUGAAAAUUACACUUUUUUUAUUAGAUCUGAUUUUUCCCAAUUAGAAAAAGCUAGUAACAUUUAGCAUGAAGUUUAUAAUAUUUGAAUUUUUGCUUUAUGAAUGGAACUAAUUUUUGCAGUUAAAUAUCAGGUUUAUAUAUUAAAAAUGGGUGUCAGUCUCACUGAUGAUGUGGGAAACUGGUCAACUAGAGCAAGUAAGUACUACAUGAAGGUAUUCCAUUUCAAGAGAUUAAAAGCCAUUCUGCUGCCAAGCAAAAUACAUUCUGAAGGCUGCCUGUUUUGAGAUCUGAGUUUUCUUGGGGCUCUGCAAUUUAUAAAAUAAUGAAAUUAUAAAAUACUAAUCAUAUUGCCUUUAUUUUGAAGUAACCUGUUGCUUUAAAAUUAAAAGAUAAGCAUUAAGAAGUAAUAAAAUAAGGUAUCAUGAAACCUAGUUAUUAUAAAUUUCAUCUACAUUUAAAGCAUUGGAAAAUACCUUAUGGUAACUUUUUUUUUCUAACAAGAUGAGUGGCAUUUUCUUGAUUAUAGAUUUGUUUUUAAUUUGUAUAAUUUUUUAAAAUUUAUCUUUAUUAUUGAAUGUAUUACAGAUGUCCUCCCUUGCCCCCAUUGUCUCCCUCCAACCUGUUCAUGCCCCCUCCCCAGGCCUUGCCCACGCUAUUGUCUAUGUCCAUGGGCUAUGCAUAUGUGCAUAUAACUUCAUUGGUUAAUCUCCUACCCACCACCGCCCCUCUGAAAUAUGUCAUCUUUAAAUGGUUGAUAUGGUUAUGAACAGCAUUUGUAUGGUUAGCUCUGUUUGUUUUUUUCCCAUAAAACUUUUCAGCGGUUCUCAACCUGUGGGUCGCAACCGCUUUGGCGGUCGAACGACCCUUUCACAGGGGUCGCCUAAGACCAUCCUGCAUAUCAGGUAUUUACAUGACGAUUCAAAACAGUAGCAACAUUACAGUUAUGAAGUAGCAACGAAAAUAAUUUUAUGGUUGGGUCACAACAUGAGGAACUGUAUUUAAAGGGCCAGAAGGUUGAGAACCACUGCUUUAGAUAAAAAUCAUUUUAGCUCUAACCUAAAACUGAAGUAUUUAAAAAAUGGUAGAUGUUAAUAUAAAAGCAGAUAUACUAAUUUCAUUUGCUGUGUAAUGAUAAUACAGUGGAAGUUUCAUAAGCUUUCUUUUGCUUUAACUCAAAAAGUAUGUCAGAAUUCUGGAAUGUGCUAAGUCAAGAAUUUUAUCGACUUAAAUAUGUUUACAACUUGUAUAAAGCAAGAAAGAGUGUGUAUAACUAUAGCGAGCAGUAUAGUUUUGUUCAUAUUAUUUGUUUGCCAAAAGAAGAAUAAAAGAUGAAUUCAGUAAACAUUUGUUUAAAUUGUAAUUCGUUAACACCUUUAUAUUAUAGAAAUAGAGAAAACUCAGUUUGUUUUAGAAUUAUAUCCAGCCUAUACUAGUAUAUUGUCCUCACAUAUAAUUGAAAAUAAUACAAUAACAUAUUCUUGCAUUUAAAAGAUUUGGAAUAAAUAUGCCCCAAACAGAAUGAGGGAAGUAGUGAAAUAAUAGCCAUUUAAGGCAUGGCUCUUGGAAAUCAGGUUGGAAUUUUGGAAAUUUUAAAAUAAAGAAGGUUUAUUUAGGCCUUUGGGCAAGUGACUUGAAUAUUCUCAGACUGGUGGUUGUUGAAGAAAAGACAAACGAAUAAUUAGUGUGCAAGAAUGUGAAGCAGUAAGAAGGAAGUUUGUGCAAAUUAAUGCUGGCACAGAUUUGUUAAUAUAUUGUCUUGGUACAAGUUGUCAUGAACUAGGUAAAGGAGCCGAUCAGUUGUUCUUUCUGAGAAUUUAAUUAGCAAUUUUAUACUGUUUUUGCUUACUGAACAAAUGAGAGUGUUUUUUCUUCCUGUCAAGUAUGUUUUAAUAGUUGAUUCUUCUACUUUGCCUUGUUUAAAAUAGUCUCUUUGCAUCUUGUAGAAAUAAUAGAACUCAUGGGGUUUCUAAUACUUUUUUCAAGGUAAGAUUUAGGAAGCAAACAAAGUUCUUGUCCUUUACCCCAUUGUUUUUCCCUUCUACUUGAAGGCCUUUGAGCUGCCAUUCAAAGUUGAAUAUUUCACCAACCUGCUUCAUCUAGCUUACUGUCCUCCUGUCUUCAACUUAAAUAGCACUUACCUUGGCAAGCUACCCAGAAUCCUGCCACCCAGGUGGGUAGGAACCCCACUUAAUGCAUAUUUCUAAUGACUACUCACUUGAAAUUAGCUAUUGUAUUUAGUUUGUUAUUGUUGCUUAUUAUUGCUGUUAUCUUCACCUACUCUUUAAAUGCUUAGAAAUAACUUGCUCACUAUUAUAAUAUUCAGCACAUUGCCUGGCGUACAUAUUAAGUGCUUAAUAAGUGUUGACAGUCUUAAGAUCAGUUGAAAGAAUAGUAUAUGACUAGGGAAUUGUCAUUGGGUUAAUGGACUAUUAGGAGAAGUGAGAGAUACUGACAUAAUAGUGCUUCUUCAUAAAAGGGCUGCUUUCUAAUUUACCUUGCCUUUGGGUGAAUUCUUAAAACUUUUGGUCUUUUGUGGAAUGGAAGUCAAGAGAGCUUUCGUUUUUCUUAACUUCUGAUAGUGUGUUACGGUUAAUUUAUACCUUCAUGUGUCAGUUAGGACAAUUUGAUUUUAAUGAAUCUGUUAAAUAUAAAGGUCCUUUAAAAUAAGUGUACAUACUAAAAAUAUAUUAAAAAGGUUGUUAAUAUACUUACCAUGAAGUUUAUCGUUGUCUUAUUUCAUUAUAAUUGGUAUGACUGUAUGUCUUAUUGAAACUCACUGCCUUUCUACAAGAUUGCUGAAUAUAUCAAUUCUUUAAACAGGGAUGACUUAUAAUCCUCCUGAUUUUUCUUCUAUUACUCUUGUUUUGACAAAAGGAAACACCUGUUAAUGUUUGUAAUCUUAACAAAUACAGUAUCAACGUGGGGAUUAAUGAGAGCCUGAAUGCAUGAGUUUGAUGAGCAAAAAUAACGACCUUGUCUUAACUUACUGUGUUUAAAACAGGCUUUUCUCCCCCCCAUGAAAUCAGAAAGGCUUUACACACCUACCUCAGAGUGUUUCUCCACAGUGACACUAUUGGCUUUGUGAGCUGGGCAGUUCCUUGUUGUGGAGGCUGUCUGCGUAUUAUAAGAUGGCCAACAGCAUUUCUGGUCUGUACCAGCUCAGUGCCAGCGGCAGAUGUGCGGGGGGGAUAGCUCCACACAUUGCUAUUCAUUUAACCCUGUGGUUUUGAACUAUUUAUCUUCUUUAGCCAGUACCUGUGUUUUAGCUUCCACUACUCCAAUGAAUCUGCUUCUAAAACUAGUACCAGUGACCACUUACCUGUCCUUAUCUUCUUUCUGCUGCAUUUCACAGUAGACUGCUCCUUGGAAUUCUCUGACUUUUCAUAACACACCUUACUGGUUCCUCCUUCUUAGGCUUGGUCUUUGUUCUGGGCUGUGCCUCUUCCUCUGUCUUUCAGGUUGUUACCCUGGAUCGUCUUUACCUCACUCUACACCAGAGCUUCCCAAUGAGAGGACUGAGUGUGUCCCAGAGGUGUAUUUUACUUGGACCAUUAAGAGAUUUAAAGAAAAAAAGGUCAGUCAGUUGGUAGUGUUUAAGAACUGGAAGAUUUCACUUAAAAGCCAUAUUUCUGGGUUUUUUAAAAAAUUAGAACGGUCAGCACCACAGGGCCAGGACUUGGUCUUGUCACCAUUCACCACUGCAGGCUUUAGACAGGGCAUGCACAUUUUCUGUUCAUUCCCCACCAUUCCUACCUGGCCUGCUAACUUCCAUUCCAUGCCUCGGGCAAGAAUGCCCAUUUCCCGAGCCAAAGUAUUGCUUGGCAUCUUCUUCUACCACUCCCCUUUCUGUUUCUCUUUUGCUUUCAUUCUGUCCUUCAUUAGACUUUGUAGAUGAUUAGUUAUCUUAUUGGACCUGGCUUUACCUCACUGUUCUAUUUUUUCACUGUUUAUUUCUACUUUUAAUUUAAUUAUUCUGUUUUCUUGUUUACUUUUUGCAGAAGCUUCAAAAAACGAUGUGUGAUGUAUAUGCAUCUGUGCAUGUGUAAGUAGAAUCUCAGAGGUUCAUCCAACCUAGUAGUAAUCAAAUAUUGGUCUGUAAGUUGAAACCAUUGACAAAAUAAGAAAAUUUAAGUGCUUUUACUUGCCAAAAGUAAGAGUUGGUAGCUGUAUUUUUCAUAGAUUGCUUCCUGUUUUAAAGUCUGUGAACCCCUACAGUAUUUCUAAUCUCACGACCAACUGAGAAUUCUUUGUAGAACGUCUCUGACAGAUGUCACCUAGCCCCUCAUACUGAGAGUGCACUCAGGUAUCUAAGCAGAUGAAGUAGUGAUUAAUAACAAGAUAGAGAAUGCAGGUGGCUGUAGGGAGACAAGGCUUUGGCACAGAAGGCAUAUGUUAGCACCUUGUAUUAGUCCCGAGAAUAGAGUUAUGCUUUCAUGCUUGAGAUUUGUUAACAAAACAGCAAUCUGAAUUUAAAUGUCUAUGUGAGGUUGUACAAAAGAAAACAUAAUUACUGUUAUGUAAUGAGCAUUUACUGUGCUAAGCAGUGUGCUAAAUGCUUUACAUAAGCAAGCUUAUUCCUCACAGAAGGCAGGGGUUGGUAUAGUCAUUCCUGUUUUAUAGCUAAUGGGAAUGAGACUCAAAGAGGUUGAGAAUGAAUAACUUACUAAGCCAUAGGGUUAUUAAGUGGUGAAGCUGCCCCUAGAAGGUGGGUCUUUGAGGAUCCAAAGCACUUUAAAUCAAAACUUCCAUUUCCAAAUAUAAAAAGAAAACCAAGAAAAACACAAUAUUCUUCUUUAUUACAGGAGGGAAUUUCUACAGAUUUCUAAUACAUGAAGUAACUGCUCAUGUUUGAAAACGUUUACCACAAGUCAGAGAAAAUUUAAUCACAAAAUAAGCUUGCCAAAUAAAAGUCUAAAGGUGAAGCCAAGGGCUUGAAUAGAAAACCCUUUGUUAAAUUCUGGAUAUAUGGGAACAGAUAACUUGUCUUUUUAGUUCAUAGGCCUUCAGAUCAAGAUCCCUGGUAAAUGCUGCAUUUUUUUCCUUGAUCAAUUUUCAGACUUAUGAAUUGGUACCCUAGAGAGCCCCACUGUAAUCAGUGAGUUUCUUUUCUUUUAAAACUACCAUUAUGAAUCCUUACAUGUUCAUGGACCAGGCCACUGUCGAUUAUUUUUUCUGAUCCUCAAAUUUUCUGAUUUUAGACCAGUGAUGUUCCUUAUAAGUUGGUGCUAAUGUUCUUGGAUCUGCUUAGUCUUCAAUUACUUCCAUGUCUCUGGCAUAAGAUAUCCUUGGCUCAUCUUGUACAUUUUCUACCCCAAGCCUGGAAUCAGCUAUUUCCCCUCCCUACCUCUUACUCAGGAAACUGCCUGAUGCCUCCCACCUACUGCAUGGUAGAUCUCAGAAUGUUUUUUGUUUCCAUGACACAACCAUUCUGCAAUUAGAGAUUGUAAAGGUACCAAAUAAGGAACUUAACCCCUAAUGUGUACAUUAUCCUGUUUCUCUCCUCCGACUUCAUGGAAGAAAGGUUGUUCCUUAGAGCAGUAAAGGGUGGUAAAAACACUAAGAUCAUUACCUUGAAUGGGAAGAAGAUGACAAAGAUACCCUCCACAAUAGGAAACCUGCCUGGCCUGAAGGUUCUAAACCUUCAGAAAAACCUAGUCUCCAAGGUGUGCUCAGAGUUAAGCACCUUGACCCAGUUGACAGUACUAAAUCUGGGAAACAACCUUUUAGAAGAAGUUCCAGAAGAGGUGAAAUACCUCACAUCCCUGAAGAAUCUCCAUUUAUGUGGAAAUAGAAUUAAUAGAUUUGCUUCUGGAGCAUGUGAUGGCUUGAAAAAUUUGAUCCUACUUAAUCUGAACAACAAUCAGCUCACAUAUAUUCCUAAAGAAGUCAGCAGAUUAGAAAGCCUUAUAUAUUUGACUAUAAAUCAUAACCAGCUAACCAGUAUUCCUAGAGAACUUUGUUUUCUUAAGAAUCUUUCUGAACUUCAACUUAACUACAAUCAGCUCAUUUGCAUACCUGAAGAGAUUAAGUUCUUGAAGAGGCUCCGGAAACUUUUUCUGGCCAGAAACAACAUUGAAGUUUUGCCAGAGGUAUUGUGUCAUCUUACAAACCUAAGAAUCCUAGACAUAGCUGGAAAUGUCAUUCAGAUAUUUCCAACAGGAUUUCAGCAUCUGAAGCUGAAGGAAUUCUACUGUGAGGGAAACCCGCUGUUCCUGAAGGAGCCUGUUAGUGCUGUCAAGCAGCUGGACGUCCUGAGCCUACAGGAAAUAACAUCAAGAUUUGUAAUGAAUGAGCUGACAGAAAGGAAUCCUUUCCUAAUGGAAGCCAUAGAAUGGUACCCAGAAGUUUGGGACAUAAUCUCUAAGGGAAGAAAAUGUGCAAUAUGUGGAAAGUCAUUUUUAGGCAUAUGGAUAGAAUGUGUUGAAUUUGUUUCUCCAUCAAAGAACUGGAAGACAAGCAGAAAUCUAACGCUGGUACCUCUUCGAACAUUAAUUUGUUCUUACCAAUGUUUUAAUCUGCGUGGCCCUAACCAGUUUGGAAUUGCUCGAGUGCAGAGCAGUGAGAGGCUCAUUUAGCGCCUCAGGGGAGUCGCCCUGUCAGCUCUGCACAGGGUCAGAUUGUACCCUAGUUAUGAUAUCACGCUGUGUCUCUGUCAAUACGUUAAGCCGGAGGAAGAAAAACAAUUCCUUUUAAACAAGCCAAUAUAAGCAUGACAGCCUGCCCACGUUAUUUAGAUUCUAGAUGUGCUGUUUCUUCUUUGACUUAAAAACAAAAUAAUAAAUGGAAUAACUAUGA